GGCAGCGGCGGCUGCGGCGGCUCCGCGGGCUUCGGUCGCUCCCGCCUCCCCAGUGCCACCCGCGGCCGCAGCCGCGUACCCGGGCAGGCUCGGAGGAGCGGAGGUACUGGAACCGGCUUUGUGCCUGGGCACAGAAGAGCUUUCCUGUCCCUGUCAAGGCUGUACUUUCAAGCAAGCGCUCUGGAGACAGAACAGGUCAUGGCUUCUGGCUUCUCGGACCUGAGGCUCCAGCGGAGGAAAUGACCGUCCGAGAUCUUGUUCCAUACCUGUUACAGAGACUGAACCUUCACAGGGCACGAACUUCCCUGGCAUAGGAAAGUCUCUCUCUUUGAAGGGCUUUUACCUUUGUCACAAAGACCAUAAAAAUGGCGACUUCCUCUAUCAGACGGCAAAUGAAAAACAUUGUGAACAAUUAUUCAGAGGCUGAAAUAAAAGUGCGAGAAGCCACGUCCAAUGAUCCGUGGGGCCCGUCCAGCUCUCUGAUGACGGAGAUCGCUGACCUGACCUACAACGUGGUGGCUUUCUCAGAGAUCAUGAGCAUGGUGUGGAAGCGGCUCAACGACCACGGCAAGAACUGGCGGCAUGUGUACAAGGCGCUGACGCUGCUGGACUACCUCAUCAAGACAGGCUCCGAGCGGGUGGCCCAGCAGUGUCGGGAGAACAUCUUUGCCAUCCAGACCCUGAAGGACUUCCAGUACAUUGACCGUGACGGCAAGGACCAGGGCAUCAAUGUACGCGAGAAGUCAAAGCAGCUGGUAGCCCUCCUCAAGGAUGAGGAGCGGCUGAAGGCCGAGAGGGCCCAGGCUCUCAAAACCAAAGAGCGCAUGGCCCAGGUGGCCACCGGCAUGAGCAGCAACCAGAUCACCUUCGGCCGAGGCUCCAGCCAGCCCAACCUCUCCACCAGCUACUCAGAGCAGGAAUAUGGCAAGGCCGGGGGGUCGCCGGCCUCCUACCAUGGCUCACCCGAGGCCUCGCUGUGUCCCCAGCACCGUGCAGGGGCUCCGCUGGGUCAGAGCGAGGAGCUGCAGCCGCUGAGCCAGCGCCACCCCUUCCUGCCGCACCUGGGGCUGGCCUCCCGCCCAAAUGGUGACUGGUCCCAGCCCUGCCUCACUUGUGACCGCGCAGCCCGAGCCACCUCCCCGAGGGUGUCCUCUGAGCUGGAGCAGGCCCGGCCCCAGACUAGUGGCGAAGAGGAGCUACAGCUGCAGCUGGCACUUGCCAUGAGCAGAGAAGUAGCUGAGCAGGAAGAACGCCUCAGGCGGGGGGAUGACCUCCGACUACAGAUGGCCCUAGAAGAAAGCCGAAGAGACACGGUUAAGGUUCCAAAAAAGAAAGAGCAUGGUUCCCACCCACAGCAGACUACUCUGUUGGACUUAAUGGACGCCCUCCCCAGCUCCGGCCCUGCUGCCCAGAAAGCAGAGCCCUGGGGCCGAUCAGCCUCAGCUAACCAGACAAACCCUUGGGGCGGGCCAGCGGCCCCAGCCAGCACUUCAGAUCCGUGGCCACCAUUUGUUCGGUUCCCUGGAUGUUUGCCGAAGCGUACCAAAUGCCAGGCUCUGUCCUGCUAUCCAGGGACCCAGACACAAACAGGUGCCAAGCCAGCUGCCUCUGUCGACCCUUGGGGCGUGCCCACUGGCACCAGCACACACUCCGUCCCCAAGGGCUCAGACCCCUGGGCGGCCCCGCAGCAGCCUGCACCCAGUGCCGGGAAAACAGCGGAUGCUUGGGCUGCAGCCUCAGCUGCCAAGCCCGUCUCAGCCUCUGGGGCCUUUGAUCUGUUCAGUAAUUUGAAUGGUACAAUUAAAGAUGACUUUUCUGAAUUUGACAACCUCCGAACUUCAAAAAAACCAGCUGAGGCAGUGGCCUCUCCACCAUCCCAAAACAAUGGAACUACGAGCCCGGACCCCUUUGAGUGCCAGCCCCUGCCCACUGCCUCAAGCAAGCCCAGCAGCGCCCGGAAAACACCCGAGUCCUUCCUGGGCCCCAACGCAGCCCUGGUGAACCUGGACUCGCUGGUGACCAGGCCAGCCCCACCGGCCCAGUCCCUCAACCCUUUUCUAGCACCAGGUGCAGCUGCGCCCUCGGCCCCUGUCAACCCCUUCCAGGUGAACCAGCCCCAGCCGUUGACGCUGAACCAGCUGCGAGGGAGCCCAAUCCUGGGGACCAGUGCGUCCUUUGGGCCUAGCCCAGGUGUGGAGCCCAUGGUGGUGGCCUCCAUGACCUCCUCAGCCCCACACCCGGCUCUGGGGGCCGGCGCUUCCUCCCUGACGCCGCUGGGCGCCCCCUCGAUGAACAUGGUGGGCAGCGUGGCCAUUCCUCCCUCGGCAUCUCAGGCCACCGGCGCGACCAACCCCUUCCUUCUCUAGUGCCCAGGACUGGGACUCACCGCAGAGUGAAUGCCCAGAGCAUCUGUGCCUGAGGAUGCCGAGCAGGGACUCGAUUGUGGAAUGGUGUCCGAGAGCGUGUGUGUGGGGGGGGUGUUAGAGCUUUCCAGUUCCGGCUUCCUGAUCAAAGGGUUGUCUUCACAGCCCCGACCCUCAGACUCAAACGGCGGCAAGCCUGCUGGACAUCAGACAUGGCACGUGGGGUUCCGCACCUUCUGAGGCUGCCCGCCUGCCCAUCCCCAGCCCACAGCCCGACCCGGCUGCUUCCCUGCUGCCUCCCAGGCGCGGGGUCCUGGUCCUGGAGAUGGGCUAGCUCUCUGGGGCCUUAGACGAGGAGGCGGGUGGAGGCAGGAGUUGUCAGCGUCACCAGUGUCGCCUUCACCCGGGCCUCUCAGCCUGAGGGCCUCUGGGACACCGCCUGGCCCAGGCCUCAGGACGGCCGCCCUGUCUCUGCGCUCCCAACCCCCCCCCCCCGCCCCCCCUCCCGCCCCAGCGCUAGCAGCACCCCAGGCAGUCCCGGGUGUGGACAGAAUGAAGCACCGGCACCACGAGACACUGACCUUUAGGGGAAGUGGUUGUGCAUAUUUUAUUUUUCUUUGACUCGUGUGUGAGUUCAAAGUAAACACCACCGUGAAACAACUCUUGAAUUAAAUCCACUAGAGCAAGCUUUAAACUAAUCUGAGCAUAACCCUGCCACGUGGCUCUAUGCUUGUAUACGUUUGCACAUAUUUUGUUUAGUACAGUUUCAUAUUUGAGUUUGCAGAAUUACCUAAUAGUCUUUUUUUGGCUAAUAUUUUUAUAACGUGGUUCUUAUUUAACUGUCUAGUUUUGAUAGAAUUUACCAGGUCUGGCUGAAUUAAGAUAUUGGCACAUGUCAUGUUAGUGGUUUAAACCCUCUUAUUUAUGGUUUUUAACUCUAAGAAAAUUUAAAUAGGAAGAGACAAAAAAAAUGCCUUAUGGAAAAAACUAAAGCAAAUUCUUUAUAGGGAAAAAUACGGGAAUUUGAUUACACAGAAAAUAUGAUGUAUAUUUAAAACAACAACAAAACCUACAACAGCAACAAAAAGUCUCAGCCUCCAGUUGCCUUUUCCUUUCUUUUAUUCUCUUUUUUGGUGACUUACCAAACUGAUUGACCUGCAAUCUUUUGGGCUAGAUCCUGAAAGAGGCUGUUUUUCUUACUGCUACACCAACAUCAAGUUAAAGGAAAAAAACCCUAAUGUAUGAAUGUGACUCACCAGUUUUUAUCAGCUAAUUUCCCUUUUGUAACUGAAGGCAUGCACAGAUCAACAAGGACUUCCGUUGACAGUGGAAAUUUGAAACGGAAGAGGCAUCUUGACCCUUGUGUGUCUGUGAUCUCCUCUGUCUUAAUCCUCACUCAGGGUAAGGAUGGGGAUGGCAUGGUGUGACGGCAGGCGUCGUGGGGGGCACCGGCUCCCUGGGGCCGGCCUCCAGGCCGCGACGGUGAACGACCAGGGCUGGCCCUGACCCACCCACCUGCUAACUCCAGACACACACUGCAGACUUAAAAAUAAUCAGCUCUUAUUUUGGAGAGGAAAAAAAAAAGUCAUUCUCACACAAUAGAUUUUUAACAAACAUGCACUAAUAUUACCUCCUUCCCAAUUUCCUGCUUUCCUUGCCC